AUGAAAGGAUAUGGUCCUCCUCUGGAGACGCUAAAAGCAGAAGAUGAAAGGCUAAGAAAAUUUGAGUACAAAGAAAUUGACAAGGGAGAGAUUAAGACUCGAGAGUUCAACCAAAUCGAGAAGAUAGAUAGGCCAAGUAAAGCCCUUCUUGCACCAAAACAAGGCUGGGUUUUCUUUACAGGCUUGGCCCAGGUUGUACUGCAUCCCUACUAA